AUGCACAGGACCACGAUAGCUAAGUAUACAACAUUUUCCGCCGAUGAGCUACAGAAAUCGCUCUCCGAUCCACUAUCCUGCGUGGCCGCGGUACAGUUAAACGAGAUCCUUAGCCUGCGACCGCGUGACUGCGAGCACAUUGUCAAGGGUGUACGGCGCUGCGUGACGGACAAGAUCGGCCGGUACCACCCGAAGGUGAACGGUAUCGUGUUGGGCUAUGCGAAAAUUCGUAUUGAUAAUGCACUCUCAGCAUUACGGUUGGACAGUCCGUUUCUGCACGUACGAUCCACCAUUGAUUAUUACGUCUUCCAGCCCCGAAUAGGCUCAACAUUGCGUGGUACGGUAAACUACGUCUCGAAGCAGUUCGUCAGUGCCGUGAUCUACCGGGUGUUCAACGUGACGGUCAAGCUGGGCAAAUUCAACAACCAACAGCACACAGUUAAAAAGGGAUCGGAUAUUGCGUUUAUCGUAAAGUCGUGCGAUAUGAAGAGCGAGCUACCGGUCAUCGAGGGUGAACUCGUCGUGAACGGUGUAAUUCCGGUACGUAUCAAGCAGGAACCGGAUGCAGACAGCAACAAGAGCUUAGAUAGCUCCGAUAACGAUCAAGAAGAAGAAAACGGCACAGUUGAGCCAGAAAUCCCAGCUAGUACGCUGCCGGCAAUUAAGCAAGAAGCAAGUAAAACAAAGAAAACUAAAAAGCAAAAGGAACCAGAAAAGACUACGAUUGUAAGUAAUGGUACCGGAUCAGUACAGCUCGAUUCUAGUGAUUCUUCCGAUGACUCGGACGACGAAAAAAAUCUCCUUAUUAAGUCGCUUAUGAGCGAAGUGUUUGGUGAUGAAUUUACAAAGGCGGAAAGCAGUAAAAAACACAAAAAGAAAAAGGGAAAAUCAUCUAAAAAGAAAUCAAUGGAUGAGCCGGUCCGGAUUAAGCAGGAACAGAUAUCGACGGACGAAGAGGUAGCUUCGGAAUCUGGGCAGAAUACCAGUACGUCCAAUGCCGGGUCGGGUCUAUCGAAUGGGAAGAAUGGUCUGACGAACGGUAGCUCAACAAUAUCGUUAAAGAAGAAUCAGCCAGAAGUAGCGGAGAAAAGGCGCAAGAGCCAGUUCGAUCUUAACGCUACGAUAACCCACAUCAAAACGGAACCAACUGAAAGUAAAAAGAAUAAGAAAAAAAAUCCCAAUAAAUAG